UUUUUGUAACCUCCCCCAAUCCUAUUUCGAAUUUCUCUGCCUUUUCUUCUUCCUUCGUCCUUUUUCCCUUCUAUUCUUCUUCCUCGGCCCCUGCCUCCAUCACCGCCGCACAGCGGCCCCUCUGUCAGCCACCAUCAACGCCGGCGAAGCUACUAGAAGCUUCCACCACCAUGGCCACUUUCACUUUUUCCAUGUCCCUAUCGUCUUUUCGUUCCUUUGUGCCCAUUUGGCACCAUUGUGCUCCCAACCACCGGAGCUUGGGCCUCUUUGACGUCACGCAGCGUAUGAGGUUGCCGCCGCCUCUCAAAUGCUCCGCCGCAGAACCCGACCAGGAAACCAAGGUUCCCGCCACUUUCUCCGGCUCCGGGGAAUGGACUCAUAAGCUGACCGCGAGGAUCGCCGGGAUCGGCUUCCUUGAAACCUCGUACCUUACCUACCUGAAGCUCACCGGUUCCGAAGCAUUUUGUCCUAUCGGUGGUUCUCCCUGCGGCGACAUACUCAACAGUGAUUACGCGCUUAUUUUCGGUGUUCCUCUUCCUUUGGUUGGGAUGGUGGCGUAUGGCUUAGUUGCGGCGCUUGGUCUGCAAUUGGCCACAAAGAAGAUGUUGCCUUUUGGGAUUGGCAAGUCCAGCUCCCAGCUCAUGGUGUUGGGAACCACUACCUCCAUGGCAGCUACUAGUGCCUAUUUCUUGUUCAUUCUCAGCACAAAAUUCUCUGGGUCGACUUGCUCAUACUGUUUACUUUUGUAA